AGCGUGGGGAUUUCGCGCCUGCGCUCGGGUGGCUCGGUGCGGCUGUCCUGGCCGGCGGCGAGAGCAUGUCAGCCCCAUUUGAGGAGCGCAGUGGGGUAGUUCCGUGCGGGACGCCCUGGGGUCAGUGGUACCAGACUCUGGAGGAGGUGUUCAUUGAAGUGCAGGUGCCACCAGGCACUCGAGCUCAGGAUAUCCAGUGCGGUCUGCAGAGCCGGCACGUGGCCCUGGCCGUAGGCGGCCGCGAGAUCCUCAAGGGCAAACUCUUUGAUUCUACAAUAGCUGAUGAGGGAACAUGGACUUUGGAGGAUAGAAAAAUGGUUCGUAUUGUUCUCACAAAGACAAAGAGAGAUGCGGCAAAUUGUUGGACUUCUCUUCUGGAAUCUGAAUAUGCAGCUGAUCCUUGGGUACAAGACCAAAUGCAGAGAAAACUUACAUUAGAGAGAUUCCAAAAAGAAAAUCCUGGUUUUGACUUCAGUGGAGCAGAAAUCUCAGGAAACUACAGUAAAGGUGGACCAGAUUUCUCAAACCUUGAGAAAUAACUGCUUUUCUUUUUUUUUGCUACAUUCUGUGGAUCCUAGCUGAUGUUGCCAACUUAAAGGAACAGAUUAUGUGCUAGAAGAAAAAUACGGAUGCUUGCAGUUAAAUUGCAAAAUACAUUUAAACAUGGUUCUAAAAAUUGCAUUCAAAUAUGAUUUACAUAGGAAACGUACAGUGGGAACUGUCUGUGAACAUAUGGUAAUUUUUUUGGACUUAUUUUUGCUCAGCAUGGAGUUUUAUACGCUACAUUUUACCAGUUUCAUAUUUAAAUGCAUUUUUACUAUAAAAAACAUUGGGGUGCAGAUCAUAUUAAAUGAAAGGGUGCCUUCAGAGAAAAUUAAGUUUUUCUUUUGAUAAGUGUGAUGCAGGAAUAAAGUUCAAUAAACUUUUUCAGAAAGAGGAUCGUAUGCCCCUUCAUCUAAGUACAUUAAUUCACAUAAGUAUUAAAAAAAAAAAAUUUAACAAAAAUUCCACAAAAGUAUUUUGGGUAACAAUAUUAAAAGAGUUAAUGUAAAUUUCUUAAUUAUAAUAUUAUUUCUUAAGGGAUUACUUUAUGUCAAGAAAUUGAAAAAGUUAAAAAAACUAAUAAUACAAAUGAGAAGUAAUAAUACAACAGAGAAGCAGCUAAGUGAAUACGGUUAUUGGGCAUGUCGUUUGUAGUAGCAGAAUGCAAAUUUAGGUCACUAUAAAGCAGAGGCAUUAUUUUUCUCUUAGUUAUUCAGAAAUAUAGACAGGGAUUUUUGUCGUUUCUUGUUUCUGGUAAUGGGAAUUUAACACAGGGGUGUGUUCUGCUGAGCUACAUCCACAGUCCAUUGUUUACUCCAUAAGACACAAGAUUUCACUAAUUUGCCCAGGCAGCCUCAAACCUUUGAUCCUCUGCCUCAACUUCUUGAAUUGCUGGUAUUUACAGUUGUGCACCACUGCCCCUGGCUAUAUAUAGGAAUUGUCGAGAUUUCAUUUCAUCCUGUAUCCUUUUUAAUUUUUUUUUUUAAGGAAUCUCAAAUGUAUAGCAAAGUUACAAAGUAAAGUACACAAAAUUUCUUUCUUCCUGAGCCAUUUGUAAAUAAAUUUAAGAGAUGAUUCACUUUAGUACUUUACUGUGUGUUUGCUGCAGAAAAGGACAUUCACUUUCAUAACUAUAACCUAACCAUUAAAAUUAGGAAAUUUAUGGUGACAUAUUACUACCAUCUGUUCCUCAGAUAUUCCCUCUAAUCACAGUAAACUGAUAGUCCCAAUAAUGUCUGUCAUAACAAGAAAACUCUUUCACAAUCAUGACCUGCCUGUAGAUGUCAGUCUGGAACAAGUUAUUUUUGUGUUUUGUUUUUAACCCCCAUUGGCUUUCAAAACUUUGGCAUUUUCAAAGAUUACAUUCUAGCUUUAUGUGAUAUUCCUUUUGUUUAUUUAAUUAUUUAUUUGUGAUGUUGGAGAUCAAACCCAUGGCCUUAAAACAUGCUAGGCAAAUACUCUAGCACUGAGGUACAUCCCCAGUGUCUCUGAUAUUUUUUCAUGAUGAAAUUCAAGUUGUGAAUUAUUGUCAAGAAUGUUAUAGAAGUGAUCUUAUUUUAUCCUAUCAUAGAUUAAUGAUUUCAAUUUGUCCUACUUAAGAUAGUGUUACUUAGAUCACUGAAUAAGAUAGUGGCUGCCAUACUUCACUAUAAAGUACCUCCUUUUAAGAUUAAUUAUUUUGGGAGAAGGUAAUUUAAAAGUACUACCAUGUUUCUAGUCAAAAUUUAUAUCUGUAGAAUCAAUGUCUUGGUGGGUUAAAAUCUAUUAUUUUUAUUACUUUGAUGUUUUAAAUUCAUAAAAUUAAAUUAUUGGCCAGUAAAAGACACAUGCUAGGUGACUUCUGUUGUCCUUUUAACAUAUUCCCAUGAUUAUUUGAGUGAUUUCUUACUCUGAUCUAAUAUACACCAGGCUAAUUACACAUUCCCUGCCCCAGCCCAAGAAUCAGCCAUUUUUCCAAGGAACCCUUUUGUUCUCUUUAGUGAAUAAGGGUAUUUUUAAGAAGCUGGGGGUAUAGCUCAUUAGUAGAGCACUUGCCUAGCAUGUUCAAAGACCUGAGUUCAGUCCCCAGCACCACAUACGCAAAACUAUGAUCUGUGUGUAAGUAAUUACUGUUAGUUUGUAUAUAAUAUGUGUAGUACAUCUGUGUGUGUAUCUAUAUAUAAAAUUAUAUGUAAAACCAUAUGACUUCACACCUAAACUUUGAAUCCAAAUCUCAUCAGGUUCAUUUUACUUUUAUCUCUUUAUAUCUUUAUAACUCCCAUAGCUGUAAGAAGUCUCAUUCCUAUUAUACUUAAUCUAUUUGACUACCUGUCAUAGGUCAUCUCACAGGGAGAUCUAAUAUUCUAUGCUGAGCAGGGACAUCCUCCUCAUCAUCUCUGAACCCCAAUACUUAACUCUGGAUCACUGUAGCCUGUCCUCCUCUGAUGCCUACUUUGUUGAUUUUACCUAGUAAUUUCAGGAAUGAGUUGUUCUUUUAAUUGGUUUCUUUUUGGCAUUUAGUUUUACAGGAAAAUUUUAACUUUCUGGAGUAUAAUUCAGUGAAAUUUAGCACAUGUAUAGAUACAUGUGAACAACUUCAUAAUCACCCUAAAACAGUUCAAUCACUAAAAAUACCCCUAUGCUAUCUUUGUAGUCACCCCAUACCUCCCAAUCUCUAAACUUUGUAAACCACUGAUCUAUACAUUUUUGUCUUCUCAAGAAUAUAUAAUAUAGCCGGGCAUAGUAGUGCAUGCCUGUAAUCCCAGCAACUUGGGAGGCUGAGGCAGGAAGAACACAAGUUUUAGGUCAGUCUCAGCAACUUAGCAUGACUCUUGUUUCAAAAUAAAAAGGGAUGGGAAUAUAGCUCAGUGGUAAGGCACUCCUUGGUUCAAUCCCCAGUAUCAAAAAAGGUAUGCAUUUAAAUUAUAAAUGGGAUCACUUAAUUUUUAAAAAAUAGCUUUUAUUGACAUAAUUCACAUACAUUUCAACGAAAGUAUAUAACUCAAUAUGCAUAGUAUGUAUAGCCAUUACCAUAGUCAAUUUUAGAAUAUUGUCAUUUGAAAUAAAAUCCUUGUACACUUUUUUAAAAAAAAAUUUAGUUGUUGAUGGGCCUUUAUUUUAUUUAUUUAUAUGUGGUGCUAAGAAUUGAACCCAGUGCCUCACAUGUGCUAGGCAAGCGCUCUGCCACUGAGCCACAAUCUCAGCCCCCCAAAACCUUGUACACUUUAACAGUCAUCUCUUCCUGCCUCACCAGCCAAGCAACCACUAAUUUAUUUUCUGUUGCAUAGAUUUCCCUGUUCUAAACAUUUCAUAUACGUGGGAUCAAAUAAUAUGUGGAUUUUGGUUACUGGAUUAUUUUACAACAGCGUUUUAGAGGUUCAUCUGUGUUCUAGCAUAUAUCAGUAUUUCAUUUUUAUGUCUGAAUGUUCCAUUGCAUGGCUCUAUCAUACUUUGUUAAUUCAUUUGUAAAUUGAUGGGUAUUUGGGGGUUUUCCAUCUUUUAUCUAUGCUUUAUAUUGCUGCUAUAAACAUCUGUGUAGAGGUUUUUAUGUG